GCCUGUUCAGAGAGGAGCCAGGAGCACAGAGCCAACAUGGGCUCGGGGGCCAGCAUGCUGAGAGCCUUCCUCCUCCUCCUGGAUGUUGGAGGAGCUCCAGUGUUAGCAACGGGCAAGUCUGCUGGGGCCGAAAUCGACAUCAAGUACGCCAUCAUCGGGAUGGCUCUGGGCGUCGCCAUAUCGGCUAUCUUCCUGGUCUUGAAGAUCUGCAUGAUCAGGAAACAUUUGUUUGAUAUCAACUCCUCAGACUUGAGAAGCACAAACCCAGGCUUCAACGACACCAUCACACUAAAGAAGAGAGUCCCAAGGUCAAACCUCAGUUUCUCCAAAAGAGGUGAACAAGUGAUUGAGCUCUGAAUGAGUGGCCUCUUCAGGAGAGGUUGGGCAGUCUGGACAGUUUCAGUCUCAGGGGUCAUGAAUUUGAGCUUCCAAAGCUGGUGAUGGACCUUCACGUGGAACUCAAUGCCCAGGGCACGUAAGAGAUGGAAUAGAGUCUACCGUGUUUCUGGCCUGAAGGAAAAUAUCAAUCCUCUUCCACGAGAAGCUGACUGCAUAGAGGGAGGCAUGAGCACAUUAUCCAGCAGUAAGAAAAGAUGGAAACCAAUAAAUCCACACUGUCUAUCCUGGUCCUCCAUGAUGGCGCUGUUCAUGAUUCUAUGAUAGCAUUGUGUCCAUAUCAGUGGAACCUACCCAUAGCAAAUGGCUCAUGGAAAUGGGGACCAAAGUCAAGACACAGCCUCCUUAGCACCACCAUUUAUCAACAGGUAAGCAUCAUUUUCUAGAACUGAUGGCCUCACCAUCUCCAUUGCCAUAAGAAUCCCCCUGCGAAUAUUCAGGGUCCUUGAGACAUGAAGACCAUGGAGUCUUCUGGUCUGGUCAUGAGACUGGUCAUGAGACUUCUGGU